AUGGGUGGUGGUCCUGAAGGUUUCCGCACCGUCGCUUACUUUGUCAACUGGGCCAUUUAUGCCCGAAAGCACCGUCCUCAAGAUCUUCCCGUUGAGAACCUCACACAUGUUCUCUACUCAUUCGCCAAUGUCCGCAGCGACUCUGGCGAAGUCCAUCUCACCGACUCAUGGGCUGAUACCGACAUUCACUGGGACGGCGACUCCUGGAAUGACCAAGGCACCAAUUUAUACGGCUGCAUGAAGCAGCUCAACCUUCUCAAGCGCCGCAACCGCAACCUCAAAGUUCUUCUCAGUGUCGGAGGAUGGACGUACAGCAGCAACUUCAAGGCUCCUGCCAGCACGCCCCAGGGACGCGACACCUUCGCCAAGAGCUGCGUUGACCUUCUCAAGAACCUCGGAUUUGACGGAAUCGACAUUGAUUGGGAGUACCCUCAGAAUGAAGGCGAGGCUAGAGACUACGUUGAGCUGCUUGCUGCCGUUCGACGUGAGAUGGAUGCUUAUGCUCAGACUUUGAGCCAGCCUUAUCAUUUCGAACUGACCGUUGCUUGCCCUGCUGGUGCGAAAAACUUCCAGCAGCUCGACAUCCGCGGCAUGGAUCGAUAUCUUGAUUUCUGGAACCUCAUGGCCUACGACUAUGCUGGAUCUUGGGACUCUGUUGCGGGCCACCAGGCGAACCUGUACCCAUCUCCCGACAAUCCCCAAUCAACACCCUUCUCUACAUCGGCCGCCAUUGACUUCUACGUUCGCAGUGGCGUGUCCCCCGGAAAGAUCGUUCUCGGCAUGCCCCUCUACGGUCGAGCUUUCCAGAACACCGAUGGUCCAGGCCGCCCCUACCAAGGCACCGGUGAAGGAACCUGGGAGGCUGGUGUUCACGACUACAAGAAACUUCCCCUUGAGGGCGCUACAGAGUAUGGGGACAGGGGAUGCUGCGCAAGCUACUGCUACAACCCUCAGACACGAACCAUGGUCACAUACGACACACCGCGAGUUGCGUGGGACAAGGCCGAGUAUGUCAAGAAGUGGAAGCUCGGAGGUGCAAUGUGGUGGGAGAGCAGUGCGGACAAGACGGGCGAUCAGAGCUUGAUCACGACGGUUGUGAAUGGGUUUGGUGGACAGGGUGCGCUCAUGAGACAGGAUAAUUGCAUCGAGUAUCCUGCGACCAACCUCGAGCCAUCACCAAACCCAUUCGACGCGGAAUCAUUCCCAAUUGCGGCACCGGCAGGGAACGACAAGAUGUCGCACAUCGACUACGCUCUAUACGAAUCCCCCGUGGGCUAUGCCCUCUUCAAGGUGGUGCAUCAGCAGGAUGCGGUGGGCCUGAAAUUGAAGGAGACUCAGGCCGCCGCCAACGAUCUCGCCAAGUUUGGCAAGAUGGUCAAGCUGGCCAACUUCAGCCCUUUCAGGGGUCACGUCGAGGCUCUUGAGAACAUUAACCUCGUCUCUGAGGGUAUCGUCUCGGACUACCUCAAGUCUGUCCUCGAACUCAACCUCCCCCAGACCAGCGGCAAGAAGACCAAGGUUGUCCUUGGUGUUUCCGAGAAGAACCUUGCUGGCGCGAUCAAGGGCCUGUUCCCCGGCCUCGAGUGCGAGACUGCCGAUACCUCUGACAUUGUCGGCGACGUUAUUCGCGGUAUCCGACUCCACGCCGACAAGCUUCUCGGCGGACUCAAGUACGGCGAUGUUGAGAAGGCCGGUCUGGGUAUGGGUCAUGCCUACUCCCGUGCCAAGGUCAAGUUCAGCGUCACCCGCAAUGACAACCACAUCAUCCAGGCUAGCGCGACCAUCGACUUCCAGGACAAGGGCGUCAACCAGUUCUAUAUGCGCGUUCGCGAGUGGUACGGCUGGCACUUCCCUGAGCUGAUCAAGAUUGUCUCCGACAACUACACCUACUGCAAGCUUGUUCUGGCCAUUGGCGACAAGAAGAGCUUGAACGAUGAGAAGCUCCACGACAUUGCCGCCCUCGUGGGUGAGGAUGGUGAGAAGGCCCAGGCCAUCAUUGACGCCGCCAAGGUUUCCAUGGGUCUCGACAUCUCUGCUGCUGACCUUGAGAUCGUCCACGGCUUCGCCGAGGCUGUUGUCAAGCAGGCCGACAACCGCAAGUCCACCUCCGCCUACCUCGAGAAGAAGAUGUCCGACAUCGCCCCCAACCUGCAGACUCUCAUUGGCACUCCCGUUGCCGCCCGCCUCAUCUCUCACGCUGGUUCUCUGACCAACCUCUCCAAGUACCCUGCCUCUACUCUCCAGAUUCUCGGUGCCGAGAAGGCUCUUUUCCGUGCUCUAAAGACCAAGAGCAACACUCCCAAGUACGGUCUCAUCUACCACAGCAGCUUCAUUGGCAAGGCUGGUCCCAAGAACAAGGGUCGCAUCUCUCGAUACCUUGCCAACAAGUGCAGUAUGGCCAGUCGUAUCGACAACUUCUCCGAGGAGCCCUCCACCCGCUUUGGUGAGGCUCUCAAGCAGCAGGUCGAGGACCGAUUAGAGUUUUACGCCACUGGCAAGAAGCCCGCCAAGAACACUGAUGUCAUGAAGGGAGUUAUGGACCUCCUUGACGACGGUGAUAAUGCUGGCUCCGACGAGGAGAUGGCUGACGCUCCUGAGCCCGAGACCAAGAAGUCCAAGAAAGACAAGAAGGAGAAGAAGGAAAAGAAAGAGAAGAAGGACAAGAAGGAGAAGCGCAAGCGGGACGAGGAGGAUGCCGAACCCGUGAAGGAAGACGGCGAGAAGAAAAAGAAGAAGAAGAGAAAGUCCAAGGCUGCGGAUGACGAGUAG